AUUAUCGCGAUAGACACCCUGCUCGUAUUCAAUCCAGCGGCAGGGCCCUGAUACUGGAAUGCGAAAGUACAAGUUAUUUAGUGAGUACACAAAUUUGACCAACCUUUGCGGGUAAUUUCAGUAUUAGGCAGCUGUGACAGGGACUCCGCUAUGCCCCGAAGACACGAGAGAGAUUCUUAACAUAUGGUAAGCUUUCAAAAGCUCUCGCUGAGUUUAGCAUUGUUAGCUAGCUAAUCCAUCAACACCCAAGCUUGUGACAGCUGACCAGCCAACAGGACCAAGCUAAGGGGAUGAGACGAGAUCAGGUAUUUCGGCUUUUGCAGCUUCGGGCUCGUUGACUCUCCGAGUUGGCUCAGGAUGGCGCAGGGAGGCUCUCAGCUCGACUAUCACAUCCUGCAGGAUCUCAAGCAGCGUUUUCCAGAGAUCCCAGAAGGAGUUGUGUCCCAGUGCCUUCUGCAGAACAACAAUAAUCUGGAUCUUUGCUGCCACCUGCUGGCUCAGGAGAGUAAUAGAUACCUGUAUGGUGAGUUCCAUCACAGUCCAGAGGAGGGGCGACUGAGCCGGAACCACAUGCUUCAUAUUAGCCUGGGUUACCCAGGUUCAGAUGCCACUAAAGUGAAUGGAGGAGCAGCAGGAGUAGGACGCUCCCUAGUGCAUAGCACCAGUGACAGUCACAUUGAACCACAGCGGCCCAGCUACCCAGAGCCGCUGUCAGCCCCCGCCACAAUGGCCCCCUCUCCAGGUUACAAUCCUUUCUUCAUGAACGACCAAAGCCGCUCGGCUAGCACUCCUACACCGCCACCAACAAUGCAGGGCAUGUCUCCCACUUAUUCUCCAGUCACACGUUACACCAUGAACCCUAUAACAGUCACACUGUCUCAAAGUAUACCCAAUGUCCCACAGGCUCUGCAGAUCCCCCCUGGGCACUACCCUAGUAGUAGCAACACCACCUUGUAUAUUCGACCCUCACCCUCUCAAAGUCCACAGCCAGCGCCCUGGUCCUCUUCUGGGGCGCCAGUGUAUCAGCAUCAGCAGUCACCCUACAGUACUCCUACAUAUGGCUCUCCUUACAGCUCUCCUCAACAUCAGGUCCAACCUCAGCCUCAGCCCCAGCCACAACCCCAGCCACAGCACCAGCAAUAUGUUUUCCUUCCUAUCAGUUCCCCAACUCUUCCCAGCAUGCCCUACCAUCACCAGCAGCAGCCACAGCAACAGCCAUCUGUUUACAGGCAAUACCACACAAAGAGUUCACUCAAGAACCAGAUUGAGAUUACUCUGGAAGGUCCACGACCUCGCAGCAACUCACCUGUGCACACCCCACAUCCCCAGGGGACACUUUACAGGGCCACCAGCCCCUCACCCAGUUCCCCAUCAAGGGGCAUCACUAUGACUGGACCUCCAGGCCCGGCAUCCUUUCACCCAGGGAUGUACUUACAACACCAAGGACCCGCGAGGCCUCGACCUGCAUCCUCUCCUCAGCCAGGCCAGUCAGCAUACACCUUUAAAAUCAAAGUGUCUCCAGGAGGGGGGCAGGCAGGGAGGCCCCCCAGUUCGCCACCUGUGGCUGAAGCAGAGUCUCUCCUCAAUAUAGUAGAUCAAGGGGAACACAACGCAGCACCUGCACCCAUCCUACCCAUCUCAGCUUUACCAGGGAAUAUUUCCAGCCAGUUUCAGCAAUUGCCCCGACGUUCAAGCUCAGGCUCUGAUGACUAUGCCUACACACAAGCUUUGCUGCUCCAUCAACGGGCCAGGAUGGAGCGUCUGAUGAAGGAACUGAUGCUGGAGAAGCAGAAACUAGAGAAGCUGAAGGCAGAUGUCAAUAACAUGGAAUAUGACGCCCUUCAGAGACGCUUUCGACGCGUCAACUCUACCAGUCUUAUUCCCAGGCCUGAAGAGAUGACCCGAUUGCGGAAUCUGAACAGACAGCUUCAGAUUGAUAUCGACUGUACCCUGAAGGAGACAGAUCUUCUGCAGUCGUCUGCAGGAAAGUUCGACCCAAAAGCAAUGAGUAACUUCUAUGACAACAUUGAGCCUGGCCCGGUGGUGCCACCCAAACCUGGCAAGAAAGAAGUGGAGCAGGGCUCCAAGCCAGUACCGGUGCCCCAAAGGGAUGAAGACUUUGAAGGCGCCCAGUGGAACUGUGAAAGCUGCACCUUCCUCAACCACCCUGCUCUCAAUCGCUGUGAACAGUGCGAGAUGCCGCGCUACACCUGAGCUCAGCGGUGUAACAUCGUACGGCCCUGUGCCCCAUCCCCUGCCAGUCCACGGAUAGUGUAAGCCUUCACCCCUCUCAGUCUGCAAGUCCAAGAAGACCUUGUUUUGGCUGUUUGUGCAGGUCUUCCCCUGUCAGAAAAGCCCUUAUGACCUGCUGAGAGGAGUCACUGUCUCUCUCUUCCCACUUGUCCUGCUGCCCUCUAUUACUCCUGCGCACUUUGACCCUCGUUUCCAUUGGCAGAAGAUGAUUUUAGUUUUAGAACAGUUUGAAUCUGUUCUUAUUGCAAAUGUGCAAAAGACGCAGUUACGAGCUGCGACUCUGGUUGUGGAUGGGACGAGGCUUCUGAAAGGUCAAAGCCAAUGAGUGCUGAGAAGAGUCCACGAAGAGGAGGAGGAGCUACGGUUGACCUAACGAACAUUCCACGCAGAAUGAUUGACUGCCCUGUUUACACAACUGCGCCCAUUCCUGAACUGAAAAUGGAGGCACUUCCACAGUAAUCUGGGAUCUGGAACUCCCCCCUUUUCACAGUGGAACAAUAAAAGUAAUGGUAUAUUCUAAAUAAUGCGAAAUGUAGACUGUACACUGUAUCUGGCUCUGUAUUAGAGCUCAUUUCACUGAAAGAACACUAAAGACACUUGCAUUUAAGUAUAUUCCUUUUACUUUUAUGCAUAUAAUGCCACCCUGUAUUAUGUGUUCAGAAGAUGUUGAUUUCUUGUGCAAAUGCCUCAACUUGCUGUACCUAAUAAAGAAGCUGAUUCUAUGUGACUUGACCACACACAGCUGGCAUGUCGGCAUAGUUCAUGUCUAAAUU